AUGGACUCUUGCUCUGAUGAUGUCUGUCACGGCGGUACAGACGAAAGCUUAGCACAGUUUCAUCGGGGUCGCAGGACGGUGAGUCGAGGAAUUUUUCGCACAAUUCAACAGUCCUCCUGCAAUCCUCCUUCAGUUUCUGGUUUGUCGGCUUUCCUCUCCUCCGUCAUCACUGCGGCGCACCGGGAUGCCUGUGUAUCUACCAUUCGUGGUCACCUACGCCGGUUGCCCGUUUUUGAGAAGAAGCAGCUAGGACAGCAUCAUACCCCAGAUCCUUCUCACGGAAUUCGUUGCCAUUCGCUUUCUACCGGCCUCACUUGUUCCUCCUUGGGCUCAAAGCCGCCUGGGUUACAUAAGCUCGGCGGAAAAGGCCAUUGUGGUGGACGAGAUGUGGACGAUAAUAAAGAGGGCUGCUUUGAUGAUGAGGAGAUGGAGGGAGAGGAGGCAUCUGACGAAGCUGCCUUGAGGUACAGCAAUCUUGAAGAGAGUAUUAAAGCUGAUACUGCGGCCUCAGAUGGACCACUCUCCGACGUUAGGAAGAGGCCUCCUGAGGAACAGAUUAACUUGGCCGGUCUCAACGAACGCAUAAUUCCAGGGCCACUCACUUUUUCGCCACUCUUUGUUGCGCACAAGCCUGAUUUUUUCCUAGCUAAGGUUAGUUCUACCGAUUAUAAAUUGGAUUGUAUUCGUAUCACUCUGAUUUAUAGUGGGCAAGUAUUUGGAAGCACGUGGACUAUUUGA